AUGGUGGCUCUAACCGAGGAGUGCAGUGCAAUACUACAAAAAAAAAAGCUACCCCCAAAGCUUAAAGAUCCAGGGAGUUUUUCUAUUCCUUGCACUAUUGGAAAUGUUAACGUUGCUAGCUGCUUAUGUGAUUUAGGUGCUAGCAUCAAUCUAAUACUUUUGCUGGUAAGAAAGCUGGGGAUAACUGAAAUGAAACCUACCAUAGUGUCAUUACAUUUGGCAGACAGAUCAGUAAAGAGACCACUUGGCAUAGUGGAGGACUUAUUGGUGAAAGUUGAUAAAAUCUAUUUACAUGCUGAUUCUCUUGUCCUUGAUAUGAAUGAUGAUGUGGAUUUUUCUAUAAUUCUAGGUAGACCUUUCUUAGCCAUAAGACGAGUGUUGAUUGAUGUACAAAGUGGAAAAUUGACAUUUAGGGUAGGCGAUGACAUAGAAGAAUUCAACAUCAUUAAAUCCCUAAAGAACUCUGAGUUUGUUGACUCAUGUAACAGCGUUGACAUACUUGAUGAAAUUGUGGAAGAAACAUUUGUGAAAGAGUCAUAUAAUGAACCAUUAGAAGAAUGUCUAGCUAUGAGCUUAUAUGAGAAAGAUGAUAAUGUGGAAGUCAUUGAGUAUGCACUCAGUCUUGAAGGCAACGGUUUUAAAAAAUUUAGACAUUUUGUCAAGUUUGAGGAACUUGGAAAAGGUAAGAAAAAACCUGAACCUUCCGAAAAAGGUGCCACCGAAGGAACUGAUGAUACUUAUCCUGUGAUCAUUUAUGCUAAGCUAAGUUCUACAGAAGAAGAAAAGCUGUUGAGGAUUUUAAGAAAUUGA